AUGGCUGAGAGUCCUUGUAAAACUGUUUCGAAUGAAGAUUGCUUGAUAAAUAAGGAAGUGAUCGAUUUAUUAGCAUCAUUAAUUGAAACUAUCGACAAAAAAGAACAAUCUGAAGAAGUAAAUUUGGAAAAUUUUACUCUAUUAUGGUGUGAUAGUCAAGUAAAUUCUUCUGCUGACAAUCGUCAAACACAAUUAGACUUACGUCAAUCGAUCAAUUUUCUAAAAACUUUCGAAUCAGCAGAUUCAUGUCAAUUAUAUAUCGAAAGCCAAUCGAACGAAUAUAUCGUUUUAAUUGUAUCUGGUAGCAUCGGACGCGAAUUGAUCCCGAAUAUACAUUCUUUACCACAAGUCAUUGCUAUUUAUGUCUUCUGUUUGGACAUACGAGAGCACGAAACAUGGUCUGCAAAGUACGAAAAAGUCAAGAAAGUCACAUCGGGCAAAGUUCAAUUAUUAGAUGCGAUUAUAAAUGAUCAAGCGCAAAGAAAUAAUCUUGCGCGACAACAAAACAUUGACAUUACUGUUUUUAGUGUUGCAAAUAUGAGAAGUAGACCGACCGAGACAGUUGCUUCUUCCAGAGAAUAUUCCCAUCAAAAUCUUGAUAGCGACUUUAUGUGGUCGCAGCUAAUUGUCGAAGUUCUAUUGAAAAUGAACGAAACACUUCGCGAACACUAUUUUAACAUAUUUAUUGCCAAUUGUAAAAAACAAUAUCAUGGUAAUUUGAAUGAUUUGAAAAUUGUCGAUGAAUUAGAAGAAUAUUAUUAUGCACCUGCUGCCCUUUUCUGGUAUACUCGAGAUUCGUUCUUGUAUCGUGUUCUAAAUAGAGCAUUACGAUGCCGUGAUGAUCAUGUAUUAGUUACUAUGGCGUUUUUCAUUCACGAUAUCUAUAUUGGACUGCAAGAAAAGCAAAAGGAAUUGGCAAAAGAAUCAUCGACCAUACGUGUUUAUCGAGGACAGUUAAUGUCAAUUGUCGAGCUCGAAAAGAUGAAGACAAGUGUUGGUAAAUAUAUUUCAAUCAAUAGUUUCUUUUCGACGACAAAACAACGACAAUUAGCAUGGGAAAUUUAUGCGGGUGCAAAAAAUAAUCGAAGCAAUCAAUCUGAAGAGGCGAUACUUUUUGAAAUCGAUGCUGAUGCGAAUCUAAUGGAUGCCAAACCGUUUGCUGACAUUACAAAUCACAGUGCAUUUGAUAAAACGGAGCAAGAAGUUUUAUUUAUGCUCGGAAGUAUAUUUAAAAUUGUUGCUAUUUCUCAAACUGAAGAAGAAAACCUGUGGAUAAUUAAAUUAGAAUUAAGUACCGAAAAAGAGAAUGAAUUAAAAUCGGUUGCUGAUUAUAUGAAAAAAGAAAUACCAGAGGAGACGGAUAUGAUGUCUCUUGGUAUAAUUUAUUACAAUAUGGGAAAGUACUUCGAAGCAGAACAAUACUUUGAGAAAACGGCUAAUAUAUUAUCUGAAGCAGAUGCCAAUCUUGCAGGAUGUUACAGUAAUCUAGGAAUGAUUGCUUACUGUGGAUAUGGCGAUUAUCAGAAAGCUUUCGUUAAUUAUUCCAAAGCGCUCGAGCUUGAACUAAGAAAACCAUUGCAGCAUAAGCAUACCCUUGGCAAUAUAUUCAAUAAUUUGGGUAAUGUUUUAAGACAACAAGGUCGAUAUACUGAGGCGCUUGAGCAGUACUCAAAUGUGUUCAAAAUAGAUUUAGACAACAAGGGACUUCAAGGUGUUCUCUUAGCUGCAGUCUAUCUAAAUAUAGGAAUUGUUUACAAAGAAUUAGGGAAACAUGUCUUAGCUUUGGAAAGUAUGAAUGAAUCCUUAACAAUCACAUCGCGAGAACUACCUGAAAAUCAUCCGACUCUCGCCAGUAUAUACAAUUAUAUUGCACUCGUACAACAAAGUACUAGAGACUUUGAAUCAUCUAUGAGGAAUUUUCAAAGAGCUUUGUCGAUUCAGUUGGCUGCAUCGCCAGAUCAUCCUGAAACCGCUAUUACGUAUAAUAACAUCGGAAUGACAUAUGUGCUUGGAUCCAAAAAUUAUACCGAAGCUCUCAUAAAUUAUGAAAAGUCGUUAAAAAUCUUUGAAAACGCCUCUUUAACAUCAAAUCGUCCGGCGAUGGUAUCUCUGCUUACGAAUAUUGGCUUCUUAUAUCGGCGGAGAGAAAGCUAUGAUUUGGCUUUGAAAUACUACGAGAGAGCUCUACAGGUGCAAUUAGAAUGGGCACCGNUCGGAAUGACAUAUGUGCUUGGAUCCAAAAAUUAUACCGAAGCUCUCAUAAAUUAUGAAAAGUCGUUAAAAAUCUUUGAAAACGCCUCUUUAACAUCAAAUCGUCCGGCGAUGGUAUCUCUGCUUACGAAUAUUGGCUUCUUAUAUCGGCGGAGAGAAAGCUAUGAUUUGGCUUUGAAAUACUACGAGAGAGCUCUACAGGUGCAAUUAGAAUGGGCACCGAGCCAUUCAACUACUGCUGUUAUUUACGAUAAUUUAGGUUUGAUUUAUCAAGAUGGCUUUCAAAAUUAUAGCGAAGCAUUGUCUAAUCACAAAAAGGCCAUUGAAAUAAUUAAAACUACAUUACCAGCAGACCACCCGGAUCUAAGAAAAGCAUUAUCUCACAUAGCUGAUGUUUAUAAUGAAACAGACGAAUACGAACUAGCUUUAGCGACUUAUCAAGAAGCAUUGAAGAUUAUGCCAUCAUCUAUACUGUAUCAAACUGGUAUUGCAGCACUUUAUGCUAAGUUAGCCCUCGUUUACACAAAUGGCUUCCACAAUUAUAUCGACGCAUUGAGCAAUCUAGAAAAAGCACUGUACAUUUACACAAAUCUUUCUUUAUCCGAUCAGAUAAGUGUAGUUCUUCAUUGUAUUCAAGAGGUGAAGGAACGACAGGAAAAUGACAAUCCGUUGGAGUACAAUUUAACUCCCAAACAUCGGUACUCUAUGAAACAAAUAUUAGGCGACGGUGAAGUUCUUACAAAUAUGUAUGAUAGUAGAAUAUGUGUCCCUAUGUCUGAGUUUAUACGAAGCAACACAACUGUUGCCUUAUAUUUCGCAAAUCAUGCUUCGUCGUUCAGUUGUUGGGUUACUUCUGAGUUAGCCGAGAUAUACAAACAAAUGUUAUCGAGCGAAACUGAUCCGUCAUUAUCAUUUGAUAUUAUAUAUGUAUGGCUGUGUGAUUCGGAUGAAGAAUCCUUCAUAAAAAGUUAUAGAGAAAUGCCCUGGAAAACGUUACCUUAUCGUAGAAAAGAUACCAUGAUUUUAUUACAAAGAAUGUUGACAUAUUUCAAUCUAGAACGGAUGCCAAGAUUAAUUGUCUUCAAGGCAACAACUGGUGAGAUUUUAUCAGAAGAUGGGCAUCGCGCAUUGAUUCAAAUGAAACUGAACGCAAUCAAGCAGUGGUGCUGUGGAGAAAAAGCAAUUCGUUCACGAUCACCAUGUGAAGAAUUUAUUUGGUAUAGUGUACAAUGUGAUGGUGACUGUGGUAUGUUGGCUUUGAAAGGAUUAAGAUAUCACUGCAAAACGUGCGAAAAUUAUGAUUUAUGUGCAAGGUGUAAAGAAGCGAAAGGACAUGAACAUGCGUUGGAGCUAAUGGAACCAUCGUACGAAAGUGAUGAGGAACAACAAUGA